AUGCCUUCUGAACAGAGUAUAGAGCAGAAGAUCAAGUCCGAGUUACCACAAGUGUAUAAUGUUAUUGUAACGGAUAUUUCUGCCGGAUGUGGCCAGUCUUUUGAUGUGGUCGUGGUGAGCAACGAGUUCGAAAGUAAGAACAAGCUGCAGAGAAGUCGUCUAAUCAACAAGAUCCUAAAGGAAGAUAUCGCACAAAUACAUGCUUUCAGCUGUAAAUGUUACACAGAGGCAGAGUGGUCAAAGAUUGUCAUUUGA